CUUUGGGUGGGUAAAGUAAGUGUAAAGUGUGAUCGAGAGUGUCUCUCAGGUUCCAGCGAGCUUCGGUAGAUGACCCUUGACCCUUGACCCUUGAACCAAAGAUCCUCAGAAACCAAAGGAGGACCAGCUGGAGGACCUAUAAAUAUCUUUCGGCACCGUACCACAUUGAUUGGAGUAUCUUCUCUUGUCAGACACAGAGCGCCACGCGCAAAAAUGUCCAGCUUCACAGUUGUUGCGUCUCGACCUCCUGCCAUUCCUCUUAUUAUUUAUUUGCAAACUCAGAUCAUUAUUUUGAUUCCCUUCACACAGCCAGCCCUCAGCCAGCCAACACCACACCAUGAUGCUCCAAGCACAGUCCACCACUCUCUCAGCCCUACUGCUCCAAGAAGAGCGCCACUACCUUUUCGGGGACGAGGCGAAUGCCAUCAAAGUCUUCAGUGAACAUUCAGCAGAGAAUAUGGAAAAAAUGACCAUGUGGAUGUUUUCCUUUCAAGAAUUCGCCAACUACCACGAAGAAGUUGUGGAGAUUGCUCAUAGCAUCCUGUACCGAUUCCUCUUGACACCCGCUGGAGCUGAAUCAAUGCAAUCGGCAACAGAGUUCCAAAAAGCAAGCAUUGCGGCAUUUUGGAUCAGCACGAAAACGUACGAAUUUGUCCAGCUGCCGAGGGAAGUUUGGGAGGCCAUUACACGCAACACGUACACAACACCCGAGAUCGAAAGCAUGGAAAGCAAUAUCCUCAGUGCAGUUGGUUGGCUUGUUAACCCGCCAACUUCCUAUGCUUUUGUCCGAGAAAUCCUUGAACUCCUUCCAACUGAUUUUGUCACGGACGAUCAGAAGCAACAUAUCUUGGAGCUCGCCUACCUUCAAUGUAAUUGUUCGAUCGGCGAAGUCGACUGCUUGAAGGUUCCAAAAUCCACGAUUGCGAUUGCGGCCGUCGUCAAUGCUAUGGAAGCCCUGGCGAUUCCAACUUCACCAGUAUUGGCUGCCCUCGCCGGGUAUGCGUCCGACGAGCCCCGUCUUUGCGCAGAAUGGUGUUUUGAGGUUCCUGAAAUCCAAGCUUGCCUCAUGUCGUGGAUGAAGGAUUGCAAGGACUUUUUCGACGAUGAGACUGUGAUCGAAACUGAGCAGCAUGGCAAUCUAUCUUCUGAGCCUCCCCACUCUCCUGUCACGGUUAUGAUUACCGAUGAUGAGCGCAACUAGCCAGUUAAAACAGGUUGCAUCUUCAAGGCAAAAGGCAACGGGUCACAAUCUCCUCAUCCUCGGGGCGUGUUUUCAUUUGCAUCGAUACGUAUCUUUCGCUUUUAAAAGCAUAGUGUAAUAUUAAACAGACAGCUUCGAUAU